AUGCGUCUCGUCAAACGACACAUCGACAAUGACGGAAGUGGCAAUGUCACUCUUUGUCCGGAGGAGCCAGAAGAUAUGUGGCAUGCUUACAACCUGAUUCGACCGACAGAUCUUCUGACGGCGUCUGCGGUCCGUAGGGUCACAAAUGAAUCUUCGUCCACAGGCUCGACGUCGUCACAGAGAGUACAUACAAAUCUCACCAUUCGAGUCAAAUCGUUAGACUUUGAUCCACAAGCCGGUCAAUUGCAUGUAUCCGGGCAGAUUGCGAGGGAGAAUCGCUUCACUAAAAUUGGGCAAUUCCACACCCUUGAUCUUGAAUUACAGCGCAACUUUACCCUGACGAAAGAAGUUGAGGGCGACCAUGGAGGCGAAGGUUGGGACAGUGUCGCUCGUGCUCAAUUAGAUGAGGCUGUUGAUCCCACAAGAGGGACCGAGGCUGUGGCUGUCGUUAUGCAAGAAGGGUUGGCCAACAUCUGCUUCAUCACUCAGUUCCAGACUGUCUUGCGACAAAGAGUGGAAGUCUCCGUCCCUCGCAAACGUGCAGGAGCAGGAAGAUCUGCUGAUCACGACAAGGGUCUGGCCAAGUUCUUUUCUACAGUUCUUGACACAUUGAUGAGACAAUUGGAGGGUCUGCUAGAGGGGAAAGACAGCAGCGCCAAUUUCCCCAUAUUACUUGCCAGUCCAGGCUUCACCGCACCUGGAUUUCUGAAACAGAUCAACGAGACUGCCGUCACGUCAGGGAACAAACUACUGCAAGAUCUCGUCAAGCGGAAAGCCUUCGUCCUCAUUCACAGCAGUUCUGGUCAUUUACAUAGCCUCAAUGAGGUACUGAAAAGCCCAGAGGUAUUGGUGAGGUUGAAAGACACGAAAUAUGCUCGAGAAACCUCCCUCAUGGAUGAUUUCUUUGCCCUGUUACGGAAGGACGAUGGAAGAGCAUGGUAUGGACCGAAAGAAGUCGAAACAGCUGUGGAUAAAGGAGCAGUAGGCAGAGGCGGCGGAGUACUUCUCAUCAGCAAUGCACUCUUCCGCAGUCAAGAUAUUGCCACGAGACGGAGAUGGGUUCGUCUGGUUGACCAGAUUCGGGAAGUCGAAGGCGGAGAGGUCAGAGUACUGAGCAGUGAUCAUGAGAGUGGUAGAAGACUUGAGGGGCUCGGUGGUAUAGCAGCCAUCCUGACGUUUCCCAUAGAGGAGAUGGACUCUGAUGGGGACGAUUCUGAGGCCCUCGGGGAUGGUAGUGAAGAAUCGUGA